UUUGUCACACAAACAUGUCGAAAAUAAAGCAGGAAAACAAGAUGUGAAUCGGUGUCUUUGUCACUGGACUCUACUGGGAGCAGCACAGAGCGGAGGCCAGCCGACCAAUGAACCAAACAUUUGCUUUUCACUGUAUUUUUAAUCAUCAGCCAUGUCCUCACGCUCUCUCUCUCUCUUAAUAUCUUCUCUUUUUACUACGCGUGCAGCCACUUGAGUAAUAAUUCACAUCAGUUAUGUAAUUGUUGUUCUUUUGACGAUUUGGUGGAAGCAUCUUACUGGGGGAGUAAACCCUUUGUAUGUUACAUAAGGAGAUCAAUGAUUGGCUCUGUACUGAAGCUGAGGAGAUAGCCGCUGAUAAAACAGAAGGAGAUUGUCUGUAUGGAGACAAACAUGGUUCGGCCGGGACGUCCCACGUAGACGAGCUCAUAUUUGAUCUUGUUGGAGGGACAUAAUGUCAUCAUUUCUCACAUUGGUUGUCCUGAAUGGGAAAGAACACAAACACUCCCCACUAUCCGCAGGUCAUUAGUUGGAUUUUUUGCAAGCCAAGAUCAAUGGAUUUCACAAGUUGAGCUCAGAACAGAAGCUUCAUUUUCAUCGAUCAGAUAAUAAUAAUAAUUAAAAAAAAAGGUUUUCCUAGAAAUGUACGAUCCGUCGAAAGGGGCGGGAAUUGGUUUCUGUAAUGAUGGGUUGUAGCACAGUGGGGUGUAAAGGUUAAGGAACCAGUCUGCAACGUCCCAAAGGCAAACAAAUUUGCUAGCCUUGAGUAAACACACAGAGGCAGAACAGAGUUGGACUGUCUGGCCUGGAAGAGCUUGACAGCAGCCUGACUGACCAACAAAACGAGACCCAGAUUUGGUGCAUGAUCCUCAGGCAGAGGUUGUGAUAUCAUGGAUCUCUUCCACAGCUGGGGGGUCGAGCUGGCGGUCCAUCUGCAGACCACGUACAGCAGGUAUGAGGGCCUGUUCAGCCUGGCGUCCAACGUGGCCGACCUGCACACCACCUUCUUCUGCUUCUUCCCCAUCUGGUUCCACCUGCGGAGGGACACGGCGCUCAGGCUCAUCUGGGUGGCCGUUCUUGGAGACUGGCUCAACCUGGUCCUCAAAUGGGUUCUGUUUGGGGAGCGCCCGUACUGGUGGGUUCACGAGACCCAGUUUUAUGGAGCAGGACUGGUACCGUCUCUGCAGCAGUUUCCCAUCACAUGUGAGACCGGACCAGGAAGCCCUUCAGGUCAUGCUAUGGGAGCAGCCGGGGUCUGGUAUGUGAUGGUAACAGCGCUACUCGCCAUAGUAACAGAGAAGCGAUGCCCUCCGUUACUAUACAGAUUCUUACAGGUAGGACUGUGGAUGCUUAUGGGCCUUGUGGAGCUGGUGGUCUGCAUGUCCAGGGUCUACAUGGCGGCCCACUUCCCACACCAGGUCGUUGCUGGAGUGAUUACAGGUUUACUCGUCGCUGUAGUUGUCUCAACGGAGAAAUGGAUCUACAGCGCCAGCAUGAAGAAAUACUUCUACACCACCCUCUUCCUGACCUCCUUCGCCGUGGCCUUCUACCUCGUCCUGAAGGCCGUGGGCGUGGACCUGCUGUGGACGCUGGAGAAAGCCCAGAGGUGGUGCGUGAGGCCCGAGUGGGUCCACCUGGACUCCACGCCCUUCGCCAGCCUCCUGCGUAACAUGGGCAGCCUGCUGGGUCUGGGUCUGGGCCUGCACUCGAACCUCUACACCGAGAACGAGAAGAAGAAAACAAGCACCAGCUUCAAGACGGGAUGUAUCAUUGUCUCCUUGUUCUUGCUUCAGCUGCUGGACGGAUGGACAUUUUCUCCUGAAAAUAUUGUGACUUUCUAUUUCCUGUCUUUUGGUAAAAGCGUAGUUGCACUUUUGAUCCCAACGGCGCUGGUUCCUUGUGCGCUCUACUGGAUGUGCAAGGGGAAGAGAGAAGACAAGAACUUUUGAUUUCAAGUCCAACUUUUAUAGUUUAAAGUCAAUUAUUGGUUUCAUUUUCUAUGUUUACUAGGAUUGUUUAAUACUCAAGGACAUUUAGACUUUUAGGACAAUGUCCCUGGAGUUAUUAGUUAUAACCUGGAUAUCAGUUCCUUUGUAGGAAUAUGUACAGAAAGUUUAGGAAAUACGCUUACUCACUUUCUUGUCAAGAGUUAGAUGAUAAAAUUGAUACCACUAUAAUGUCUGAAUGCUAAAUAUGAAGCUACAGCUGGCAGCCGGUUAGCGGUCAGCUUGCUCUGUCCAAUGCCCAUGUUAUAUAUCAUUAUUUUUAAUAAUUUGGACACAAAGAAAUGACAAUUUGUGAUUUAACAGGGGGUUUGUGCUGGGCUACUUCUUGGUAUUUCAUUGGUUGCCUGUUGAACUCAUGGUAAAACCACAAAUUGUCCUUUUUACUCUUCGGUUUUUGUACAUUUUAAACAAAGAAGAUGUAAAGUGUUAAUAGAGUGCUGCAGAAAUGAGUCCUAAACCAGGAAAUAAGUCUUCAUGUGUCAGUGUGUAUUUUUGUUGUGUGAUUUUGGUCGUGUUUAAAACAAGCUGAAGCUAUUUUACAGUUUUUCACAAUUGUUAACACACGUUUCUCAAAACAAUAACGGCUUUCUCAAAACUGCACACACAAAACUGAAAACCUCACACACAAAAUGCUAAACCUGACACUCCCUUUGCAAGAUGACUCUUUGCCAUCAAAUCUCUUAACUGUUCACAAAAUGGAACUUGUGUUUUCAUUUGGUACACACAGCCAUAUUUUCAAAUGACACACACAUACCAUUCAUUGAGUACACACAACUAAGCAUUUGCUGCACACUACCAAGCAUUUACAGCACACUGAAGUGCAAAAUUGAAAACACAAUCAUAGAAAUGGAACACACCAUAUGAAUGACAACAACUCUGGAGAAUGAGCCAUUUCUCCUUUUGUAAAAUGUCUCAGUGUAGGCCUACUUUUUUCAUAGUCAAACAUAAAACAGCACACAAAUAUGCAGCAAAUUUUUUAUUUUUAUUUCGGUACACACAGAGAACAGUACAGUACUGUAAACCGGCCUAACGGUCUGGACGUUCCUGAAUGUAGCGUGGUCAGCCAGGAUCCUAGUUUGUAUUUGUCGGAGUGUGAUAGCGUUGUUCUCACGAACCAUAUUUACAAUUUCAGUCUCCUGUUCGGCUGUGAAAGUGUGUGUUCUUCCUCCACGGUGUGGUUCUCUUUCAGUCCUGCAAAAUACAAAUACUGUGAGCACACUGUAUUCUAUUGAUAUGCAGUAUUACAGCACACAAGGCAAAUAGAUUUCGUACCUGUUCUCCAUCCUGAAGGUUCUAAUGAUGGCAGCAACUGUGAAGCGGCUGAGAUUUGGUUGGACCCUCUGGCCAGCCUCCCUCAUGCUCAAACCAUGGUUGAGUACAUGGUCUACCAGAGUGGCCCGAAUCUCAUUAGAGAUGACCGUUCUCCUUCUUUCUCCUCCUCCUCCUCCUUCUUCUCCUUGUCCUUCUCCUCCUCUUCCUCCUCCUUGUCCCCCUCCUCCUCCUCCUCUCACUCUUACCCCUCUCCUUCUCUGGUUGUCGAUCUCUUCAAAGUUCUCAAUUGUUCACCAAACAAAACAGAGGCUCAAGGCACUUUUAUGCUGCAGUCCUGAAUGCAAAUUGGUCAACAGACCUGAAUGUUUAGAGAUUUGAAUAUUUGUGUGUUGUAGGUUGAUGCUUUGAGAUUUUACUUGUGUGCAACAACUGAACAUUGUGUGUAGUGUUUUGACAACAAGGUGAUGUGUAAUUGACAUCAGAGUGUAAAGAAGGAAAGUCAGGGUCUAAUGCAGAUAAGGGAGUGUGAAGUAGUGCCAAAUUGGGUCGAGUGAUUGGUACAUGAAGUGAAGGUUGUGCAAACUGUGCCGAAUCUUCGCUUUUUGUGUGUUAACAACUGAGAAAAACUGUAAUGUUUUGUCCUUCGAUAUAAAAUAGGUCAGUAAAAAACUUUUUGGUGAAUUUAGAAGCUUUAACAUCUCUUAAAAAAGUCGAUUGCUAACAAGUGUCUAAAUGAGACGACUAAAUUCACACUUCAGAAAUCAUAAAAGUCUUGUUUAUUUGUGAAGAUUAUCUUGGUGAAGGAACGUUUGUUUGCCACAGUUUAUUUUCUGCAAUAAUCCAAAAGCCCAUGGAAGAAUCCCAUUGCCCUUUAUUGAUAGAACCAGUGUGAUGCUAACUUUCUGGUUGGAAUAUAAAAAUACAUCAUCCCUGCAGCAUCCAUGCUACGCCCUUCCACCAAGUGUCAUGUUUUCCUGUAAUCCUGCUGAAAAACAAACAGACAAACCGAACUGUAAACAUGACCUCUCUGGCAGAUCAGUGAUCUUAAGAGUUGUUGGUAGGCUGAUUUUGUCACUUUGGAACAGAUCCAUGCUAGCUGUUUCCCCCUGUUUCCAGACUUUAUGCUAAGCUAAGCUAACAAGGCACCAAACCAACACCAAUCGUUAUUCGGCCUUAAAGGUCUCUGUCUGUUCUGGACAGCUGUCUUUUCUGGUCUGCACACAUUGCAGGCUCCUUCAAUGUCAACAAGAGUUGAUUUUUAUACAAAUGUAGUGAACAAGUGCUUUUUUUCAGCUCAAUGGUGUCUAAAUGAUGGAAUAAAAACUGAUUUUAU